CCGAUUAUAAUUGUUUUAGAAAAUCUUUUGUUAAAUUCGCACAACGUCUCCCAUUUCUCAUUCGAUUCAAAUGGUAAUAUUGAUUUAGUUCAUUUUGAUAAAUAGAAUUUGCAUAUUAUAGUGGCAAUUAGCAUUCUGAACUUUGUUACCCAGUGUUCAUAAUUUAUGCUCGAGUGUGGGCCACACUUCAGAGCUGUCCGAAUGAGUGCUUGUAAAAAUUAGAUUGGCCCAGGCCAAAAUCCCGCAUGGCUAUAAAAGCCGCAAAUCCCAAAUAGAUCGGGUCAUUUGAUUCCGAAGAUGUGGCACAUUUGGCUGCUGGUUCUCUUAUCACUAUCAGUUGUGGCCAGUGGCCGCCAGGUGGGCAGAUGCAGCUUGGCCCGAAGGCUUUACCGGUACGGAGUACCCUACAACGAGCUGCCCGACUGGAUGUGCCUCGUGGAGGGCGAGAGCUCCUUUGACACCAAGGCCAUCAAUCCCAGCAAUGCUGAUGGCUCUGUGGACUGGGGUCUGUUCCAGAUCAACGAUCGCUACUGGUGUAAGCCGGCGGAUGGUCGUCCCUCCAGCGAUCUCUGUCGACUGCCCUGCCGUCUGCUGCUGAGCGAUGAUAUCCGGUACUCGAUCGCAUGUGCCAAGUAUAUUAGGAAACAGCAAGGAUUCUCCGCCUGGGUGGCUUGGAACAACCGCUGUCAGGGAGUCAAGCCCAAUGUGAAUCACUGCUUCCGGCGACUACACAGGAACUCGGGUUGAGCAGUAAACUAAGGGUUCUGUAAACAAAGAAUAAGAUUAGAAAAGUUUAAUCUUAAGCUUUUAAACUGAUCAAAUAAACUGGACAAGAAUAUAAGGAUAUUUCGUUUACUUAUAAAAAUGUUAUAAAUUCUCUUUACUUCAGAUAAUUUAAGGUAAAUGUGGUAACCAGUUAUAAAGCAAUGCUUAUAAAAAAUACAUAAAAAUGUAAAUGAAAAAAAAAACUUUUAAACCACCAUGUGGAAUUAAUAAACCUGAAGAAAUUAAAGUGUUUGCGGGCGGAUUUAAAAUUAAACAUUUUUUUAUAAAAAGGUGUAAAUGUGUUUAAUUAAAAUUUAGUUGAGUUAUUGAACGAGGCACCUGUUU